AUGAGCCGCAGGCAGUGGCAGGCGCUCCAGGUUCAAUCGCUGCCUUUCCCGCGGACCAGCCAGGCGCCUCUCGCAAUGGCGAACGUCCGUGCCAUGGGGGUGGUCUCAGUCGGCAAGACCAUGGAUCGGCCGAAUCACACCGAAGACGUUCUCUACAGCAUGUUCGAUGUGGCGACUGGGAGGAAGCCCCCUGCGGCGCUCGCGGAAGCGAAGAUGGUCGGCCAGAUCGAGAGGCGGGGCAGCUCGACGGCGUGGGACUUGCCCAUCAAGCAGUGGGCGACCAGCUAUCUUGUGGACGUGGCCGCUUCCCCAGGCGAUUUGUCCACUGUCGACUGGGACGCGGUCAAUGAGAUCAUGAAGAAGGGGGACUACAACGACCUGCCCCCGCCGUUGGGGUUCCCCACGAAGACUGAGAUCCCCAUGUUCCUCAAUCUGCACGUGUCUAAGCCCCCCGACGGCGACUACAUCGUGGUGAAAUUCAUCAAGUUCCUGAACAACGAGAAAUUCCACGACAUCCAGCGGGAGUUGGUUGUUGGUGAGCCAUUCGUUCCUCACUGGACCCGCGACCGUUAUACAACCCUGAAGACGAUCCAGUUGAUGUUCGAGAACAUGGGUGGCAUCCUGUUCAAGUGCUGGAACUUCAUCGACCCCGUCGCCGCGCGAGCGGACGCUGCGCCUGGGGACGAGGACAGCGUGCAGGAGAAGCAGAGGAAGCUGACCGUCGGGUUCGCCUUUAUCAUGACAGAGGCGCCGCGCGGCGAUUUCGACUGCGAACAGAUGUUGUGGGUCGAGCACCAGCUUGUCGACCCAGAUAGCCCAAUCUACCACUUCAGGCGCGAACUAAUUGACAGGGUGCUCAGGAAGAUCAAAGAUAGGGACCAGUUCGCAUGCAAGGAGACCUACUACCCGUGCCUUCUUCAUGACGUACGCCCGGAGUACUUGCCCAUCGCCAAGCGCAUCCUGGCCACCCUCCUGACGAACGCACUUCUCACUAUUGGCGUAGCCACUUUGGGCUAUACACCCUUCAUGUACAUCCUGGCGAUGGCCAGGGCGCGGUGGCACGCCGACGUUGAGAAAACGCAAGGCAACGAAGUCGUCCCAGCCGUGAGGGUAUCAUCCGACAUGGAUUUCUUCCAAGGGGAAGUCGGAGAGAAAUUUGUGCCUUGCAUAUUCGACGACGGGGACCUUUCCGACCAGCGGCCCCGCGUGCUCAAGGCGUUCUUCGACCCGACCCAGAUGAACGCGAUGACGUACGUCAGGUGGUGCGCGGCGAAGUUCGUGAGGGGCCAGGCGAGGCUCGGCGGGGACAACGAAUACAACGCUGCCGCAGAGCCAACGCCAGAAGAGUGGGCAUUUGCCGUCACAGGACCAGACAAGGCGAAGAAGACAACGCAGUUCCUGAUCGACAUGAUGAUGCCCGCCUUCCCCAAGAACUUCUCCGGCAGCAACAUCGGGGCCAUGCUGAAGCGCUGCAACAUCGCGCUCAACACGAAGAAGAGUCUCUACUUUCGCCCUGCUGGCACGGAUAAUGAGGUUGAGACGUAUCCGCUGUACUCGGGGUGCUUGAAGCCUGACGCGGGCAAAGCGCUCUGGGCGCACCUGCAGGGCUGCAGCGUUCGACGCGACAGUGAAGAGCACGACCACCUGCUCUCGUCUGGGAAGGUGGCCCAGAUCAUGGCGAAGCACGCGAAGACCUGUCGCGCCGCCGCCGCGGCGCGCGCCAGCGAUGGAGGUGGCGCUGGGGCAGCCGCGGCCGCGCCGCCGCGCCAUCCCGACGAGUUCGAUGAGGAGGAUGUGUUCGGCUUCAGCGGCGAGAUGGACCGUGGCGAGGACGCCGACCCUGCGCCUGUCGCGCCGUGCACGCCAACGGCGCCAGGGCCCAAGCGCGUCAAGAUCAAGAAGGGCGUCUGGAAGAACCUCCAGCCAGGCAGCAACCGCAUCGACCUCUGCUCGCCCUCGCCAACGCCGACGAAGAAGGACUCGAAGGGCCUCGCGCUGGAGCAGGCCGCGAAGGCGCCCAUGAAGCUCACGAAGACGCGGGCGACGCGCCCCGCCGUCAAGAAGGCCGACCGCAAGAAGGUCACGCCCCCCAAGAACGCCCCUUACAUUCGGCACGGCACCGCCGCCAUCUCCAGGGGGCGGAAGGACAGGGCCGCGUGGGAGAGCUGCAUCAAGGACUUCAUCAACCACUCCGACAAGUCUGCCAUUGACAAGCUGCGCAAAGAGAAGAUCUUGCACAAGUGGGAGGGCUCCACUUGCCCGCGUUGCGGCGAGGGCGUGCUGGGGCCUCUGAAGGACCACGGACAGAAAAAGGGCGGGUGGGGGCACCGUUGCAGCCGAAAUUGGUGCACUCGCCACGUGGCUCCGCCUUCGUUCCACCCAAUAUUCAACGUGGGCACGGGCCAGUCCUUCUCGACCAUAGCAGACCAAUCCGCUAUUCUCUUCUGCGCGGUCGCAGGCUGCCCGCAAGCGACCACGAGCCUUCUUGUGCGGAGGAGCCACAAGGCAGUCGACGGCAUCUACAGCUCGCUCCACGCGGCGCGCGCCAAGCACGCGCGCACGAACGAGCCGAAGAUCAAAUUCGGCCAGGGCGCGGAGUGGGCAGACGUGCAAGCAGACGAGGUGGACUUGGGGGAGAUGGAGGACCCCGACGCGGGGCCCCGUGCGACGGCGCCGAUGGCGAGGGAGCAGUGGGGAGGGAUCGUGGAGCGCGGCUUCCCCGAGUCUCUCGUGCUGUUCCGCCUCCAGCCGAAGAAGACCAAGCGUCGGGUCGUCCACAAGAAAAAGAAGGCCAAGGUGAAGGGCAAGUGGGCGUGGCUCAAGCCGUCGCACAGCAAGAAGAGGCAUCGCGACGUCCCUGACCCGCAGACGGCGGGCGCCAAGAAGCGGAUCUGGGUCAAGACAGGCACCCAGAUCAUCGACGGCGUCUGGCGCGAACUCCGCCGCUUCAUCGGGAAAAACAAAGCCGUGGGGUCCACGAUCAUCAAGCAGAAGAUCCGCAGCUUCCAGCGGGCGCACUGGAACCGCGGGAAGGGCCUCUGGCAUGAGACGGGCGCCAUGCUACACGAGGCCUGGCUCAAGGACUAUGGCGCUUGA